ACAAAAAAAGGAGAGAAUGCCUGGAUAUCCCCUGGCAAGUCUAGACGAGAACGUUAUCGACGCUAAGUACUUCUGCAGCUCUUGUGGGUUACUGCUGAGAAAGGCCAUGCAGACGAGCUGUGGACAUUUCUAUUGCCAAUCUUGCUUACUAAGUCUUAUUCGGGAUCAGCAAACACUUUUGAUGGUUUGUUUCAAGGACCAAACAAGUCUUCAUCAGAACGAGGUUUUUCCAGACAAAUUUAUACGUCGUGAGGUACUUGCUCUCGUCGUUCACUGCACUUUCAAGGAGGAUGGGUGUGUUUGGAAGGGAGAAGUGAGACAUUUAGAGAGCCAUAUAAACACAUGCGAGUUCCUGAAGAUACCCUGUGUACAUCCUGAGUGUGGCAUGCUGGUAAAAAAAUCUGAUCUCACUUCACAUUUGGAAAACGAAUGCAUGUUCCGACUGGAGAAGUGUACACUUUGUCAAAGACAGAUAGUCUUGUCUAUGAUUAAGCAACACCAGGAUACAGAGUGUCCUGCAUAUCCAAGUACAUGUGAAAAAUGCAACAAAGAUGGAAUUCCUCGAGGCAAAUUGAGAGAUCACCAGGAUUCUUUUUAUGGCGACUGUGAAGGCGCACGGGGACCAUGCCCUUUCUCUCAGAUUGGCUGCCCGAAAGUGGAUGUUCUAAACCAAAAGGAAAAGAAACAGCAUUUGGAGAAGGCACAUGCUCAACACACUGUUCUGCUGCUUCAGUUUGCGAUUCGAAUGAGCCAAGAAGUUGAGGCCAUUGUGACCUGUAACCCGAGUAUCAUGUCCGUUAGCCUUCAACUACAAAUUAUAUUUGACGAACUCCGAAGCCUUAAAGGUAAACUAGAAGAAAACAGUGGCCGCAUAACUACUUUGGAGCGAAGUUUGGUAUCAGGUACUACCUCUGGAGCAGCAUCGUCGGAACAGCGAGUUCCAAUUGACGCCAGUUUAUCAAGUAAUGAGCGUACAAGGAGAGUUACGAAUAUUGAUAACGGGACCGCUGACCACGAGGUUCCUUUAGUCGAGAACAAUCGCGCCAGGGAGGAAGUUAGACGUUAUACGGAUAACACGAUAAGGCAACCCGACACCGCCCAGGGGAGCACCAGAAGGCCUAACCGACGGAUUGAAUAUUUUGAGCGCACACUAGCACUAAUUAAUGUAAACCUGGCUGAUUUGGAGGAAUGCGUAAGACAGCAAGAGAUCUCAAGCUACGAUGGCCAGCUUUUAUGGAAAAUUUCUCAUUUUUCUCGCAAACGGAAUGGUGCAGUUACUGGAGAAGAAGUCUCCGUCGACAGUCCAAGUUUCUCAACCAGUCGCUACGGUUAUAAGAUGUGCGCGCGUGUCUAUCUGAACGGCGAUGGAAUGGGUAGAGGAACGCACAUCUCUGUCUACUUGGUUGUCAUGCGCGGUCAGUACGACGCCAUUCUCCGCUGGCCGUUCAGACUGAUGGUCACCUUCAUGUUACUGGAUCAAGAUAACCUGGAACACGUGAUCGACGCCUUCAGACCUGAUCCGAACAGCUCAUCCUUCCAGAGGCCAAGAAGAGAAACAAACAUCGGCAGUGGGUGCCCGAUGUUCUGCUCGCUUACCGAGCUGAAUAAUCACGCAUAUGUCAGGGAAGACGCCAUGUUCCUGAAAAUAAUUGUGGAUACUUCUGAUCUGUAGAGGGGAGCUUCAAGUUGUGGUUUGUUAUUUUUUUUAAUUAGAGACCGUCUAGUUUCUGCAAGGUGGCUCUGUGGGAUGCCUGGACAAAAUCAGGAUAUGUAGUUGUAGAUACGGGUAACCUGUUAACCUGCAGGUUAAUAAUUACAAAACUGCUGGAGCCAAUAUUGCAUCGGCAGCCGAAGGCUGAUGCGGACCUGAUAUAGAAUAGUAAUAUUAUAAACUUAAUAAACUAUAGCAAACUUAAUAAUAAUUUAGUAAUAUAUAAAAUCAUCUGAUGUGGACCUGGUACGUAGAAUCAUAAUAACAAUAAUAUUAAAUAACAUCAGCUGAUGUGGAACUGCUAUGCACAAUAAUAUAAUAAAUAAGACUAUAACGAACUUAAGGUAAUUCCCUUGAAAUUGUUCUACCAUCAAACUUUUUUUGAAACUUGGUAUAAUUAACAUUCAUGAUAUAAACAUUAAAAAAAAAAUUCAAUACAAAAAUUGGGUCACCGUGCUUGUUUACGCGUCAGCAGGCUCUCAAAAUGGGGUAUUUUUACUGGUUUACUGGUCGAAUCACCUUCAUACAGAAUUUAGCCUCGGUAACUUGAAAGACACAAAAUUUUAUUUUGAAAUUAAAGCUUCUUUUACUAAAAUAAGCAGUAUUGCUUCGGUAAACCAUUGCUUCAUGUUAGCUGUUUUUGAUUGCCUGGUUGUGGGAUUUUGCACUUUUUCGGACGGUUCCGUGGUUAGCUUGAAGUCCUCGCCUUGGCCAAAAUACGCCAAAUACAGAACUAUUUUCCCAAAAAAAUAAUGUAGUGUAACAUCCUUUAUUUAAACACGAUAGGGUUUAAAGUUCAAAGCUUGUGGGGUCGUGUGAAAAUAAUUACAAUAUGAAACUAUAUUCAACUAGACGCAU